AUGGUUCUGACGAGCGAGAAAGUAGCUUUCUCUGACACUGAGAAGGGCCAUCCUGAACAGACAUCUGUCGACGAGAGUAAUCAGGACGUGUCGGAUGUCGACCUUGCGAACUACCACGAAGAAAACGCGGGCAGUUUAGUGAUUGACCCAGAAGAGGCUAAAGCUGAAUUCGGCGAGGCGGCAGCAAAGCGACUCAAGCUCUCCCGGGAUGGCACAAAACCUUCUGAUGAUCCAGAAGACCCGCAAAAUUGGUCGGACCGUCGAAAGACGAUACACCUUAUCGUUCUCACACUGGCGGCCAUCGUUCCAGACUUCGAUUCGGCGGUAGCUCGCACUACAGGAAUCCCAACUCUUUUUGCGCUUGCGCAGCAGUUUAAUACAACCACUGGAGAAAUAAAUAACCUUACUUCAAAGUUAAUCCGCUCCCCUGGAGAUUGCCCAUCCCUGUUCUCACUUCCUUAUGCAGGAUGGGGUGGCAUUUUUGCAGCUAUGAUUAUGCGUAAAGUUGGGCGGCUUCCCGUUCUUUUCUGGUCGCAAGUAUUGGCACUUGUCUUCAUGGUUGGGUGUACAUUUGCACCAACUCUAGCAGGCUUUGCUGCCUUCCGGUGCCUAACGGCGUUCUUCGGAACAUGCCCGCAAGUCACUGGUCUCUUUGUUAUUGCAGACAUGUAUCCAUUCCAUUUGCAGGCCCGGAUGCUCAAUACCUGGACUAUGGGAUUCAUAGUAUCUCCUUUCCUGUCGCCCUUUGCUCUGGGUUUUCUCGUUGCUCGACAAGGGUGGCGAUGGGCGUACGGUUGUGCAACACUCUAUGGUGUUGUAGUUGUCCUCCUCAUUGCCUUCUUGAUGGAAGAGACAUUGUACGACCGUCAGUUAAAGAGCCCUCCACCGAGGCGGUCCACUGGAUUGCGCUACCGUGUCGAGACGCUCAUAGGCAUAACCGGAGCUCGCAUGGCGAAAUACAGACAGACAUGGAGCAGCGCGAUUAUCGCACCGGCUUCUAUCGCUUGGAGACCGCACCUAUUUCUUAUACUGCUCUUUGAAGCAAUGGUGUUCGGGUUCGGGAUUGGAAUAAACGUAACGAAUGUGGUAUUCCUAGGCGAUCCAGCUCCGCUAGGUUAUGGUUUUAGUGAAGACGCCAUUUCGGGCAGCUACGGCACGCCCAUUGUUGCUGUAUUCGUUGGUGAAUUAAUCGGUCGUUAUGCGAAUGACUGGUUCAUGAACAUGGGGAUCAAGAGAAACAACGGCGUGUUUGAAGCUGAAACGCGUCUAUGGGCAUGUUAUAUUGCCAUGCCUCUGUAUCUCUGUGGUUUCCUCGUCCUCGGGGCAUCAUUCCAGAAUAAGUUGUCCGUAGGGGCCAUGGUAAUGGGUUGGGGCAUUGCUCAAGUCGCGAUCAUGAUCAACACCGUCGCCGUUUACGCCUAUUUCAACGACUGCUUCCCUCGAUAUAAGGGAGAGAUAUCCGGACUUGUCAACCUUGCGCGUACACUUGGCGGAUUCAGCAUCCCAUACUUCCAGAUCCCAUGGGCCACAAAGAGCGGAGCUUUGCAGACGUUCGGUGUUGAGGCAGCCAUCGUUAUAGGACUGUUCAUUCUUAUCGUGCCCUACAUUCAGAUCAAGGGGAAGAGUCUGAGGAGGGAAGGGUACGGAAGCAAGCGAGCGGAUUCGGUUGUCACGCCGACUGCAGUCAACGUCGGGGACAUCGUCGUCGGGGCGGUUGUCGAGGACCAAGAGCGGCUCUCGUCCCCCGACGAUACAUUCUGUCUUACAAUCCGUCUUGUCGACGACACCCACGACAGCCCGCAGGCCGCGUGUGCGCUUUGCCACCACCUGACUGGCUGUGAGCACUCACCUUCGAUCCUGCCUCACCAUUCCGCUCUCGUCCACCUCAUCGUCCUCCCAUCACCCACUUUCUCCCCUCCUCCGCACAUUGCCUUCUUCUUCUUCUCUUCUUCCAUCCACUCUCUGCCAGGCAACUUCGUCCUCGCCUCCCCUGCUGCUACACAGGCCAAUUCGGCCCACACCCCGUCUGCCUCCACCUCAACGGACCCCUCGCCGUCAGCAGACGACCUCUUAUGGGAGGGCGACAAAAUGUUUAAUAUCUAUAUCUGGGACUAUUGUGUAAAACGAGGAUACAGUAACACUGCACGGGAGCUCGCAGAGGAAGCGAAGCUCAACCCAAACCCUCGGCCGCCCAUAGAUGCAAAGCAGGGUCUGCUCUACGAGUGGUGGAGUGUCUUUUGGGUGUUAUUUUCUGCAAAAAGCAACAAUUCCGGGUCUGAGGAUGCGAUGUUGUACAUGCAGAACCACAUGGCGGCACAAGCACGAAUGCACCAGUUGACGCGCUAUCCAAACAACGUGCGUGUCAUGCCUGGCGCACCCGGCGCAAUGCAGGCCGUACCGAAUUCUCUCGGAGCUGGCGCACCACCACCACAUCCCGGUCAUCCAAGUCAGCCCUCUAAUGCACAUCCCAUGCCAAAUGGCGUCGGCCCCACACCCACUGGGCAGCAGCAAGGAGGGCAGCCACAAGGCCAGGGUCCCCACCCUCAACAGGCGCCGACAACACAGCAACCCUCACAAGCGCCGCUCGGCUUCCCUUCUCACGUGCAACAACACCAACCGCAGGCGAAUGGAGUACCUGCACUCGGUCGUGCGCCAAUGACCGCUCCUGGUGCAGGUCAGCCUGGACGCACGGGGAUGCCGUAUUUCAGCCCAACAAUGGCGCACCAGCAGACCGGUGGUCCUCCGCCUCCCUACCCAGGACACGCAAGCGGAGUGCCUCCAAACAUGUACCCGCAACAUAUGCGUGGUAUGCCGCCUCCUGGUGCGCCAAACGGUGUUCCGGGCGCCGCAGGAUCGCCUAAUUUCCCACAAGGCGCUGCAGGCUCGGGAAGCCGAGCACCGACUCCAGCGCAACCGGCCGGCAGUGGAAUCACGCAACCUAGCCCUAGUAUGCAGCAUCGCUCGGUUCCGGCCACGCCACCCAACUUUGGUGGGAUGUCUGUCCCACCUGGGCGAGGUCCGCCGUUCGAGCAGAUAAAUAUGGAGCUUAGCAAAAUUGACCCGGCAACGUUGAACGAACUCCGGCAAGAGCUCAAUCUUGGAAAUAAGGACCCUGCUGCCAUGACUCUGGACGAGAAGAAUCGAUUACUAAACGCCUUUAAGCACCGAAGCACCGCAGGCCCGAGUAAUCCAGCACGAGCCCAGCAAGGGCGGGGUUCGAAGCGAAAUAGCGUCUCGCCAGGGGAUGAGCACGCCGAGAUUCCUUCGAAAGGCGAAGCGUCUCCGCCAGCACAAAAACGGGUACGGCGCUCACCCGAACAGCCUGCGCCACCCACCGCAGGCUCCGCGGGGUCCGCGCCGCCGCAAGGUGGGCCAUCGAAUGCGAACCCUAAUCCAAUGAUGUACCAAGGCGGGAUGGUCCCCAAUAUGCGGCCAGCUGGCGCGCAAUUCACGCCCCAAAUGGGACCCAUGAUACCGCCCGGUAUGGUGAUGGGGCCGCCAGGAGCACCGCAUCCUGGCAUGGCAAACCAGCAAUUCAAAACCAAUCCUGCUGCGUACGCUAAUAUGAUGAAAAUGGCGGGUAUGACCAUGCAACAACCGAUGCCCGGAUCAGGUUCUGGCGAAAAUAUUUCCAAUAUGCCGUCGGAUCCGCAACAACAGCAGAUGCAACCACUUGGUAGUGAUCUGAGUCAGGCGCGUGCAGGUCCUCAGCCGUUCCCAGCGGGUCAAAGACCAAGUAUGAACCAGGGAAAAAUGUUACCACCCAGCUCACCUGCUACAACCACAAACAUAAAUGGGCAGGGGAAGCCUCCGCAGAAUGUACAAGCUAAGCCAGAAAAUGCAGGGAAAGUGGAGAACUCUCCACGAAAUGCACCGCCGCCGUCAGCAUCAGGACCGUCGGGUCCCAAUUCUUCGACCCCUGCCCCGGGUCCAGGGCAGGUAGGCACGAGUGCGCCAUCGCCGUCACUUACCAAUCAAUCACGGCCAACGACCGCCGCGUCGAACCCACCGUCUGGAGGCGCUUCAGCACCUGGAUCAGCACCUCCACUGUCAGCACCUAAUCCACCAGCGAGUGCACCGCCCACGAGUGUGCCCGACUUCGACUUCAUGACAACUGGAUUUGAUGACUUUACAUCUAUGUUCGGCAGGGACGACAAUCUUACUGACUUUGAUCGCGACUUCGGGAGCUGGUUCAGUGGAGACAUGAGCGGAUUGGGGACAUCAUAGCUUUUGCACUAUUUCACGUUCACACCUACCCGGAGCUGGUCCGCUUCAAUGCGCCCCUUUCUCCCUCCCUUCACUCCCGUCUGUCCUAUCGUCCGUUGUCGCAUCCAGAUUUGGAUCCUGCUCAUCGUGUCGGUGGUCAUCCUCCUCCUUUAUUCGAAUCCUGUACAAUUGUGCUCCAUCUCACCUUAGUUAGUUCCUAUCCUCCCUUGGAUCCGCUUUGUUUUAUCACAACUUGGCGCAAUAACAGCUUUAGCCACAAAGGCCCUGCCGGAUCUUUCUCAUAGCUUUCUUUAUUCCUGUUCCUCUUUUCUUUCCCCAUAUUUGCUUGUGCGUCCCCGCUCUCCGUUCCUAUUUCCUUUUUUAUUUAUUAUAUGCUCUCCCCUCGAUGUUAUCCAUAUCCCGCCUUGCAAACUGCAACUACCACAAAUACACACAUCUCUCGGAAUAACCCUUAUCAUCUUGCUCCGACCUACCUCAGGAUAUCAUACUCCCGCCACUUCUUGUCUUUGUAUCCUAUUAUUUUUCCUUUGUGUUUCCGCAAGAGUUACCUACCUCGUGUCUGCAUUUUCUUUGGUUCUCGUUUCUCUUCGUCUGAUUUUCUGUUCCUUUUUGCGUCUGUGUUUUGUUUUGCUUUGUUUUUGUUGCUUGCCUUAUACAUUCGGUUGUGGAUAGUGUUGAUACUUGAAUCUUUUAACUCCUUUCUCUUUAUCUCUCUGUUUCUCGUCUCUUUCUUUCUCUCUUU